AUGAAUCUUCAUCAGGUCCUCACUGGUGCAGUCAACCCUGGAGACAACUGUUUCUCUGUGGGCAGCGUCAACAAUGUCCCGUUCACGGCCUAUGCGUCGGGAUGUGAUGUGGUGAUUCUGGGCAGUGACUUUGAGCGCUUACAGAUUAUCCCUGGAGCCAAACAUGGGAACAUCCAGGUGGGCUGUGUGGACUGCUCGCAGCAGGGAGGACAGAUCGCAGCUUCCUAUGGAAGUAUUGUCUGCGUCUUUGAGCCAGUAUACCAGCCUGAUCACAAAGACGCUUUGCCAACUAAGCUGAAUUGUCAGUGGCAAAAGACGGGUCAGUUUGUUUUGGAAUCCAUUGUCCGCAAUCUGGCCUGGCACCCCUCAGGUGCCAGUCUUCUAACGGGCUGUAGCUGUCUUCAGUUAUGGUCCAAUGACCUGGGAGAAAGUGAAGACCCCACUUCAAGUGGGUCUGUAUGGAAGUGUAUUUGGCAGAACAGAACUGCUACUCCGGUAUAUUUGAUGAGGUUCUCCCCUGAUGGAGAGUUUUUUGCCACGGUUGGGCAGGACGAUUGCCUAGUAAAGGUUUGGUACAGCACCAGUAAGUGGAAGUGUGGAGUGUCUCGCUUCUUUACGCCUCCAGACCCUGAUCUCAAUGUGCAGGGAGAGCUGGCCUUCUCCUUCAUCUACCUGGCCCAUCCACGUUCAGUGACGGGCUUCUCAUGGAGGAAAACCAGUAAAUAUAUGCCACGUGGUUCUGUGUGCACUGUCCUGCUCACCUGCUGUAAGGACAGUGUCUGUCGACUUUGGGCCGAGACGCUGUUACCAGGCGACACGCUUCUGUCCAGUCCAUAUAACGACCACAAAGGCUCCCAACACAGAGACACGCAGAGUUAUGCCGGCCCUCCUCGUAAAAACAAUGGGAAAUCAGCCCAGGAUCAGGUAAAUCUUCAGGAGACUUUGCAUUCAAUUAUUUACCGGGACGUGAUCCACCCGUCCUUGACCGGCUGCCUGCCUCAGAACCAGAACCAGCACAGCGGCCACCGGAAAGCCGACCACAUGCCGCCCCACGCCAACGCUCUCUGCCACUUUCACAUCGCCGCCAGCAUCAACCCCGCCACAGACAUUCCGUUGCUUCCAUCAAUUUCUUCCUUAUCUUCUGACGACGAGGAACCAGGGGGUCUCUUCACCGUCCACUGGUUAAACAACAAAGAGCUUCAAUUCACGUUAGCGAUGGAAGUGUUCUGUCAACAGCUUCGGGGCAGUUUGGAACAACAGCAAGAGUUGUCCAAUGAAGAUCCUGAAGAUGAGGACAAUUUUGAAGAAAGUGGAGGGAAGUCUUCGGAGUCGUCUGAGGUGAUGGAGCUGCCUCUUGCGUCGGUGGAACAUCAGGUGGACGUGCUGUUGGAGGAGUGGAACAAAGCAGCAGACAUGUUGUUCAGUAUCCAUCCCACGGACGGCUCUCUGUUGGUUUGGCUGGUGGACUGGUUAGACGAAUACCAGCCAGGCAUGUUUAGGCAAGCUCAGGUUUCUUUUGUUUCUCGUAUUCCAGUAGCAUUCCCUGCAGGUGACGCCAUCUCCUUGAGCCAUAGUGUGGUCAUGUAUGCGUGCAAUAAAAAUGUGGACUUGGCCCUCCAGCAUGUCAGGCAGCGCCCUCCCGGCAGCUCUCUGCCUCGAGCUAAAUCUGCACUCAUUAGUUACGCUGGAAAAUAUAAAGUGGCCCCUAGCAACAGCCUCCACUUCAGCAUUUUCACCCCUAACGUGUUGAUGAUCUCCAAACAUGACGACGGCUCCCUGAAUCAGUGGGCAGUGAGCUUUGCAGAGGACUCAUCCUUCUCCACCGUCCUCAGUGUGUCUCAUAAGUCCCGAUACUGUGGCCACCGCUUCCACCUCAAUGACCUGGCCUGUCACCCAGUGCUGCCGCUCCUGCUCACCACCUCGCACCACAACGCCUUGAGAACUCCAGAUGUGGACAGCAUCCUGGUCCCUCCUCAGCGCGGCCUGAGACCAAACCGCAUUUCCCUGGGAGGCGUUUCUCAGGAUCCUAAUGCCAUCUACAGUGAGCUCAUCUUGUGGAGAGUUGACCCUGUGGGGCCCCUGUCUCUGUCAGGAGGCGUCUCUGAGCUGGCCCGCAUUAAUUCAUUACAUUCUUCAGCAUUCUCUAAUGUAGCAUGGCUGCCCACACUAAUUCCCAGCACAUGUUUAGGGUUGUACUGCAACUCUCCUAGUGCCUGUUUUGUGGCAAGUGAUGGCCAAUCACUUCGACUAUAUCAGGCUGUGAUUGAAGCCAAGAAAUUAUUGAGUGAAAUCUCCAACCCUGAUAUAUCAAAAUAUGUUGGUGAGGUCUUCAACAUCAUUAGUCAGCAGUCUACAGCAAAACCAGGGUGCAUUAUUGAACUGGAUGCUAUCACUGACUUUCAGGGCAAAGAGACUCAACUCCUGCAUGUUUUUGAGGAAGACCUCAUUUUGGGUUACGGACGGACUCAGACAAAUCAAGUGCCAGAAACCUCUCAGACUGACUCUAGUCCUCCAACCUUCUCUGCCCGGUUCUUUCUGGUUGUGGUAGAAUUAACAGGGAUGGGACGGUCUUUUUUGCACAUGUGGCAUCUCAGUCUUAAUGCUCUGACUGUCACUAUGGAGGAAAGUGCAGCAGAGAAGAAUCUUUCUACAGCUUCCUCCUCCAGCAACUCGCAGUUACACUUCAAUGAUUAUUCAGUGAGUCCUCCAGUGACUGUGAAGAGUAAACUGUGCACAUCUAACCUGCAGAGCGCUUGUCGGCUGAGCCUCAGCUCUCAAAGGGUCUACAGCCAAGAGCUGGCCCUGCCUGAUGGAGUGGAGGCUGUCGGUGUGAGGCCGUCAGCAGGCCAUCUCAGUGCUUCGUGUUCACUGCCUGCAAGUCGUGUUCCUUACCUCCUUGCAACUUCCUGCUCUGAUGGAAAAGUGCGCUUCUGGAGGUGCAGUGUUGUGACCCAUGAGAGCUCCGGCUCAGGGGAGCAGCAAUAUCAGUGGGAGGAGUGGCCUCUCAAAGUCGAAGAAGACAUUCCUAAUAACAGCGCAGUCACUUUACCAGGUUUUCCCAUCGAGGUCAGCUGCUGUCACACAGGACGGAUAGCUGUGGCCUACAAACAAAAGCCAAACUCUCCACUGAACUCGACACCUCACAAUUUAAAUGUGCUGUUAACUCCACCCUCGCUAAUGUCCUCCCCUCAUCCUCACUACAAUAGUAAUUACUUGGUGCCAAACCUUUCUAUCAAACACAGUCUGAACGCUCCUCUCAGCCCCAACACACCCAGCAGAAUGCCCAGUAUUCAUAUCGGUAUCUUCCAGUGUGAGUCUACUGGUGGAGCUCAGUGGAUCCUAGAACAGACUAUAGUGCUCACCAAUGUGGAGCCAGUAACUGCCAAUGGCAUUAGUAAUAUUGAUAAAAUAAGUAUUCCAAAUGGCAACAUGGACCUGUCUAUACCUGGUGGAAAUUGUAAUGGCUGGACCGGAAAACGCCUUGUACACCUGGACUGGGUUUCUCAGGAGAAUGGUUCACAUGUUCUUACCGUUGGUAUAGGAACAAAGAUCUUUAUGUAUGGAUCAUUAUCCGGUAAACCUCCUGAGCUGGGGCUCUCAUCCUACGGCAGCAAGGACCACAGCUUGUCUCAACUGGUACUGCUUCGAACUGUGAACCUGGUGUCCUCUGUUGAGGGUACUCUGCCUGUCCCUGUGUCGCUGUCCUGGGUACGAGAUGGGAUCCUGGUUUUAGGCAUGGAGUGUGAAAUGCAUGUGUACUCCCAGUGGCAGCCCCCGAAACCAGCACAGCCCUGUGCUUUCACAGUCCCAGACACAGACAUCAGCAGCAGUGUGUCCUCCAUCACCUCUGCUGUCCGGCUGUGUCCAGAGGAACCAUCCGCAUCGUUCACACCAUCUCAGGCCCUUCCCAAAAGGGCCUCUACAAGGUCAAUGAUGAGCUUAGCCCAGAAACUCAGUGGAAAGAAAACAGCGUAUGAUCUGCCUGUAGAAAUGGAGGACUCUGGACUUUUCGAAGCUGCGCACAACCUCUUCCCCAUUCUGCCCCAGUACCACCCUUUUCAAUUACUGGAACUCAUGGAUUUAGGGAAAGUUUACCGUGCCAAAGCUAUUCUGUCACACCUGGUUAAAUGCAUUGCAGGAGAGGUUGUGUCUCUGAAAGACAGAGACACUAAUCCAGAGAAGCGUGUGCGCUCUCGAACCAUCAGCGCCGGAGGCAGCACAGCCAGAGACUUGAAGAUCUUCAGCCAAAGUGAGAAGUCUUCUCCAGACUACACCGAGAUCAGCUCUGUUCCUCCUCUGCCUCUGUACGCUCUGCUGGCAGCUGAUGAGGACACGGCUCAGAAACCUGAUAAAGUGGGCAGUGUGAGUGGAGACAGUGGUCAUGGCUCCAGCGGCCACACAGACGCAUACGACGAGUUGUUUCACACUCCCAGCCUCGGGGACCUGGACCCACUGGAAGGAGACCAGGAAGAAACCGGGAACAAGGUGAUAGACCUGUCCCAGUACAGUCCCACAUACUUUGGGCCAGAACAUGCUCAGAUCCUCUCCGGUCACCUCCUUCACUCCAGUUUACCAGGACUCACUCGAAUGGAGCAGAUGUCACUCAUGGCUUUGGCCGACACGAUCGCCACCACCAGCACUGACCUCAAGGACUGCCAGGAAAAGAACAAGGGAGGAGAGACACUGGACGAGUGUGGACUUAAGUUCUUAUUGGCCGUUAGACUUCAUACAUUUCUCUCAACCUCUCUCCCGCCCGCAUACAGACUCCAGCUGCGGCGGCAAGGCCUGUCCACCUGCCACUACGCAUGGGCCUUCCACUCGGACGCUGAGGAGGAGCUGCUGAACAUGCUCCCUGCUCUACAGAAAGACGAACCCAGCUGGUCUGAGCUCAGGUCCAUGGGGGUGGGCUGGUGGCUGCGCAGUACCAACAAGCUUCGCAGGUGUAUCGAAAAGAUUGCCAAGUCUAGUUUUCAGAAAAACAAUGAUCCACUGGAUGCAGCUAUUUUUUAUCUUGCGAUGAAAAAGAAGGCAGUGGUCUGGGGCUUAUACAGGUCUCAGAAGAACCACAAAAUGACCGAAUUUUUCAGCCACAAUUUCACAGAAGAGCGAUGGAGAAAAGCUGCUCUAAAGAAUGCCUUUUCAUUAUUGGGGAAGCAGCGGUUUCAACAUUCUGCAGCCUUCUUCCUCCUCGCUGGAUCCCUCAAAGACGCUGUGGAGGUCUGUGUAGAAAAACUGCAAGACCUACAACUGGCUUUGGUGAUCUCCAGACUGUAUGAAUCAGAGUUUGAGACCGGCUCCACAUACAAGAAGAUCCUUCACAGACACGUUCUUGGACAGGACAAACAGAUUGGGGGACAUCACGACCCAUUCUUGAGGAGCAUGGCCUACUGGGUGCUGGAAAACUACAGCAGAGCUUUGGACACGCUGAUCGAACAGCCUUGUAGCAUCAUUACAGAAACUCCCCAGACCAUCUCUGCAUGCAACCCCGACGUCUUCAACUUCUACACCUACCUCCGCACCCACCCUCUGCUUCUUCGCCGGCAUUUUGGCUCCUCUGACAAAGCCAAAGUGGGUCUGACAGCAGAGGGUCGUCGGGCAGAUUCCAUUAGUCUUGAUGAGAGGAGAUUGUUUUUCACUGCCGCAUAUGCUCAUCUUCAAACCGGCUGCCCCAUGCUGGCGCUGGAAGUCCUCUCAAAGAUGCCCAAAGUUCGAAAACGAUCCGAUCGACGGGAGCAGAGUUUGGGCAGUAAGGAUGUGUCGGAGGACUGGUCUCAAGCCGCUGUCAAUGGAUAUGAAUCCGACAGUUGCAACAGUCAUUCUGAUUCAGUGUUGAGCUUUGAUUGGAGUCAGCCUUCACUCGCACUGCCUGAUGAGCCUCUGGACCUCAAAUGGGACAGCGAGAAGGAAGAGGAUGACGACAGUGAAGAAGAUGAAGAGAAGAAUGGACAAAAUGAUAACAGUGUGCUACUGGCAGAGGACCACAACACAGGGUCUUCUCUGAUGGAGUCGGUGCCUGGGGAGGAGGCUGAGGACUGCAGUGACUUCUUCAUUCUUCCAUCUGAUGACAUACUGGCAGCUCAACUGAAGUUCACUGCCUGCUUAAAGAUCAUGACCAAUGAGCUCAGGACUCUUUCAACUGGCUAUGAGCUGGACGGGGGGAAGCUGCGGUAUCAGCUGUACCAGUGGUUAGAGAAAGAGGUUGUUGCUCUCCAGCAGUGUUGCAGCUACAGACCCCACCUCCCUGAGCAGUACGUUCAGUUGGAGGGCCUCGUCUCCAUGGCCGGGGAGGAAGAACAGCUUGGAAACCCUGGUUGUGACUCUCAGAUGAGCAGGAGACACUGGCUUCUUAGUAACCAGACUUUACUGCGAAUGUUUUUGAGCUACUGCAGUCUGCACGGCUCCCAUGGAGGAGGACUGGCCUCUGUGCGAAUGGAGCUCAUUCUACUACUUCAAGAGUCUCACCAGAAUGAGACGGUCCACCCAGUGACCAUACAGUCUUCCCAGUCUCAGCUUGCCUCCAUUCCUCUUCUUGUAGCCUGCACGUCCAGUGUUAAAACGGUGGUAGCGAACCCUUUUGUCUAUCUCACCAACCUCAGUCAUGACAUUUUACAAACUAUCAACGCUCUGGACUCUCCACCUCACCCUGACGUCGUCAACAACAGGAUUUAUGUGCUGCACACUUUGGCUGCCUCUUUAUCAGCGUGCAUCUACCAGUGUUUAUGUGAUGGACAAACAUACAGCAAUGUCGACCCCUUCACUGGAAUUGUGUAUGAGAGCGUGUUGUUCCAGAAGCAGACCCUUCGCACAAUCAGCAUGGAUGAGUCCGUUCAACCAAACACCUCUCCUGCUCAGUGGCCAGGAAUCACCGCUUUAAUCCGUUUGUUGACCUCAGCGGGAGAGGAGAGCCAGCCGGGCCUCGCUGUGCUGCUCUGCGAGAUCCUCACAGCUGUGUAUCUCAGCCUGUUUGUUCACGGCAUGGCCACUCACUCCAGCAACGAGCUCUACCACAUCAUGGCCCACCCGCUUAACAACCAGCUCUGGGUCACCGUGUUUGGUGGAGGAGUGCGGACCCCGGUGUCGGACAAAGCUAGCAGUCCCGUCAGAACCCCCCCACCAGCUUCUCCAGGUGUCGACGGCUCAGAGCGGAAGUCCAGGCGUUUCAGGCUCUUGACGUCACGCAGCGGUUCAAAGGAGUCGUCACUGGAGAGAGACGCGCCUCCCAGUCCCUUGUUUGUGCCGGUGGUGGAGAGGGAAGCACCGUCCAUCUUUAAGGAGAAGUUUGUCCCUCCAGAGCUCAGCAUUUGGGAUUAUUUCAUUGCCAAGCCGUCGUUGCCAGCAUCGGAAAAUCGCAUCGAGUACGACUCCGAGGUUAGUGAGGACAGCGACGAUGAUGAUGACGAUGACGAUUAUGAAGAUGUGUUUGACGUCAACUCGCCGCAAAAGGAACACUCCAACAAUAAUUCAUACAGUUGGUGUCUUAUGCGUCUCGCUAUGGUCCAGUUGGUGCUGGUCAACCUCAAGUCAUUUUAUCCCAUGGCUGGAUAUGAUUUAUUAGACCUCCCUGUGGCUUCUCCGCUCUGUCAUUCUGUGCUGAAGACGCUGCAGCGCUGGGAGCAGGUGCUGCAGAAGAGGCUGGAGCUCUUUGGUGGACCUCCAUCGAAAUACAUCUCCACUCACCUCCUGGACGAAACUCCUGGCCCUGCGCUCCUCAAGCACAAGGCCUUGUUUGAACCGUCCAACACGCCAUUCAGAUCGAGUCAUCAUUCAACACUACCAGUAAAACGUUUAUGGCUGUUUUUGGUCAAACAAGAAGAGGUGCAAGAAACUAUCAUUCGAAACAUUUUCACCAGAAAGCGGGACCCAAACGAGGCUGACUCGGACACGGCCGGUGCUGGUGGAAAGGCUCGUAUCAUCCACAAGGAGCCAGACAUCAUCACUGCAUUUGCUAUUAAUAAGGCAAACCGCAAUUGUUUAGUCAUGGCCUCCACCCAUGACAUUCAAGAGCUCGAUGUGUCAUCCAUCUUGGCUACACAGAUCUUGACUUGGAUCGAUGAAGAAGAGGGUGAAGCCAAAGGUGUCAGUGGAGAUGAGUUCCUAGUGGUCCACGCGCGUGACGACUUCGCUGCUCUGCAUGGAACCACUCCAUACACCCACAGCAGCCCCGGGACGCCCAUAAACAUGCCCUGGUUAGGCGGAGUGCAGACGGGCCGAGGAGCAGCCGUGAUGAUCAAGAGAAACAUCAACAAUGUGAGAAGAAUGGCCUCGCAUCCCACGCUGCCCUAUUAUUUGACUGGUGCACAAGAUGGCAGCGUGAGGAUGUUCGAGUGGGGUCAUUCUCAACAGAUUAUCUGCUUUCGGAGUCCGGGAAACUCCAGAGUCACCCGCAUACGAUUCAGCCACCAGGGCAACAAGUUUGGCAUUGUGGACGCAGAUGGCGGCUUGAGCCUGUGGCAAACAAACACCAGUGGAGCUGCACCUAAACCGUAUCUGACGCUGCAAUGCCACAACAAAACGGCGAACGACUUUGUCUUCGUGGGCUCCUCGUCGCUCAUCGCCACCGCUGGGCUUUCCACAGACAACAGGAAUGUGUGUUUGUGGGACACGCUGGUCACACCUGCCAACAGCCUCGUGCACGCGUUCUGCUGCCACGACUCUGGGGCCACGGUGCUGUGUGUGGCGCCCCGACAGCAGCUGCUCAUCACUGGGGGCAGGAGGGGCUGGAUCAGCGUCCUGGAGCUGUCCCACCAGCACCAGAGGCAGAGCUUCCAGGCCCACGACUCCCCGGUCAAAGCCCUCGCCCUGGACCCCACCGAGGACUGCUUCAUCAGCGGAUGUUCAGAAGGAAACAUUAAGGUGUGGAGUCUGAGCACACAGACGCCGCUCUACGCCUUCCCGCACGAGCACGCGCGGCAGUCCCUGUUCCGCAACCUGGGCACGGGCGUCAUGCAGAUCGAGGUGGGGCCGGCCAAUCACGUCUUCUCCUGCGGCGCCGACGGGACCAUGAAGCUCCGCCUCCUAUCCAACCGCUUCAGCGCCCUCAACAACAACCACAACAACCUCAAGAACCACGUCAAGUUCGUCAUCUGA